CGCGCAUGGGCCGCGGCCGCGCCCGGAAGCGGCAGCGGGUCCGUCCCGUCACGUCCCCGGGCCGGCGGCGGAGCGGGAGCCCGCACGGCCCGGCCCGACCUGGCCCGGCCCGGCCCGCAGCGGGGAGAGCAGCCGGCGAUCCUGGCCCUGGCCCCGCCGGGCCCUCCGCAGCCCCCGGCCCCUUUCCCCGGCCCCCCGCCAUGGAGAGCAGCAUGGAUUUCCAGGCGGCUGCGCCCUCCGCCCCGGAUCUCUGCGGCGACGAGGCCCCGGAGCCGCCGGCCAUGGAGACGGAGGAAGGGCCUGCGGCGCGGCCGGGCGGCCCGGAGCUGCGGGCGGGCGGCGGGCAGCGGGAGCGGCCCCCCCGGCCCCCCCGGCUCCCUGCCUGCAGCCCCGAGCAGGACCAGCCCGUCCCGGAGGGUCAGCGGAGGGGCCGAGGGCUCAGCUCGGGACCGGCUGCAGCCCCGGACCUGGCCGGAGCUGGGGGCGAACGAACGGAGCUUUGCCAGGCCUCGGGGAGAGCGAUGGAAGAGGAGGCGGUGACCGCGGGGCCGCAGGGCUCCGCCAGCUGGGAAGCCGGGCCCGGGAGCACCUCUGGGGGUGCGGGGCACCCCCGGGCCCCCAGCAGCGGCGACCCGACGGGCAUGGAGCUGGAUGAGGGCCCCGGGGCUGGCACCGGCCAGGCCAGCGCCGGGGAUGCGGAGGAUGAACCCUCAGAGAUCCAGGGCCUGCUGGCCCAGCUUGAGACUCUUGACCCCAACCUCGGCGACCACCCGCCCGCCCCGGCGCGGGGCCGCCCGCCCUCCUGGAGCGGCGGCACGGGCAGGAGGGCCCCGCCGAGCCACGGGGAGUGCCAGGGCAGGUGCCAGCCCUGCCCGCUGCACGUGGCCAUGGGCCGGGGCCUGCAGACGCGGCCCUGCUGUGCCCAGCGCUCGGCCUGCGCCCGGCCCUGCCACGGGCUGCUCUUCGCCGAGGCCGACCGUGAGGACCUGCUGAGCCUGCUGUGCUACGAGGGGGGGCUGCCCGAGGCCAGCGCCGAGACACCCUUGGCCCGCUCAGACGUCCUGGCCGGGACCAGCCUGGAGAUGCUGCACUCUGAGGAGAAAGUGGCCGCUGUGGAGAAGCCUGAAGAGCUGGAGAGGCCCAAGAACUCGGAGGAAGGGCCUUCCAGCGGCUGGUAUUAUGGAGAGGGGCUCUGCAAGGUUGACUCUGCCUGUGAAGGCAAUCGGGAUGGUUCCCCGGAGCCAGCCUGGGUGGCCCUGCCUCCUGCUCCGGUCUCAGAGGCAGAGCAGCCACCCCAAGGCAGCGUGACCAACAGGGAGCCCUCAUCCUCCUGCCCGGCCUUCAAAGAAGUUCCAGGCCCUUGUGACCCAGAGGAUCUACUGGAUGGUGUGAUUUUUGGGGCAAAGUACCUGGGCUCCACGCAGCUGGUGUCAGAGAGGAACCCCCCAACCAGCGUCCGCAUGGCUCAGGCCCAGGAGGCGGUGGACAGGAUCAAGGCACCAGAAGGGGAGUCCCAGCCGAUGACGGAGGUGGAUCUGUUUGUCUCCACACAGAGGAUCAAGGUGCUCACAGCUGACACGCAGGAGGCCAUGAUGGAUCACUCCCUCCAGACCAUCUCCUACAUCGCGGACAUCGGCUCCCUCGUGGUGCUCAUGGCGCGGCGGAAGCUGCCCCGGCGGGCGGAGGGGGCGGAGGAGAAGCGGCUCUACAGGAUGAUCUGCCACGUCUUCCACUCGGGGGAUGCCCAGAUCAUUGCCCAGGCCAUCGGGCAGGCGUUUGGCGUGGCCUACCAGCGCUUCCUGCAGGCCAACAGCAUCGACCCCAGUGAGCUGAGCCCUCGCCAGUACAGCCGUGCCCUGGAGGACCAGGAGCAGUACAAUGCAGAGCUGACCCACUUCUCCCAGCAGGAGAACUGCAAGGAUGUCUGCAUCCGGAAGCAAAAGGGAGAGAUCCUGGGCGUUGCCAUCGUGGAGUCGGGCUGGGGCUCCAUCCUGCCCACGGUGGUCAUCGCCAACUUGAUGCACGGGGGUCCUGCCGAGAGGUCGGGCGAGCUGAGCAUCGGGGACCGGCUCAUGUCUGUCAACGGGACCAGCCUGGUGGGGCUGCCCCUGCACACCUGCCAGAGCAUCAUCCGGGAGCUGAAACACCAGACAGAGGUGACACUGAACAUCGUGCACUGUCCCCCUGUCACCACGGCUGUCAUCCGGCGCCCCGAUUCCAAGUACCAGCUGGGCUUCUGUGUUGAGAACGGUGUGAUCUGCAGCCUGAUGCGCGGGGGCAUCGCAGAGAGGGGUGGGAUCCGUGUGGGGCACCGCAUCAUCGAGAUCAACGGGCAGAGCGUGGUGGCCACACCCCACGAGAAGAUCAUCCAGAUCCUCACCCAGGCGGUCAGCGAGGUCCACAUCAAGACCAUGCCGGCCUCCACCUUCCGCUUGCUGACCGGGCAGGAGCAGCCCCUCUUCCUCUGACCACCGGCCACGCCCGGCCCUGGCUGCACGUGCCUGGGGCCAGGUAGGAGUGAGCCCAGGGCCCGAGGGCAGGACAAGCUCUGCCUCCUGCCCCAACACCCUCCGUGGAUUCCUCUGGCCCCCAGCAGGGCCUGAUGCUGCACCUCUUCAGUUUUACUCAGGACACAGUGGGAGACUCUGGGAGCCUGAUACUCAGCUUGAGCAGUGUCAGGGCUCAUGGUGCCAGUGUUUAGGCACCUUCUCCCCCUCCAUUCCCCCCUCCCUGCCUCACAGUGCCUGCACAGUGCCUGUCCCACUGCUUCACGGGGUUCCUCAUCUUGGUCUGCUGCUGGCAGCUGGAGAAGGGACCCAUCCAGUAACCACAAACAGUGCUUUUACACUCACCAGUGGUGCCUUUCCCCCUGUGGGGAUGGUGCUGGCAGCCCAGCUCUGGGACUCACCCUUGCACAGCCUCCCAGAGCUGCACUGAACCCACACACCCAUGUGUGGGUAGAGGCUGGCACCCCCCAAGGGAGAGCCAGCAGCCCCCAGACUCCGCCUUAAGGGCAGCAGCACCCUUAGCACCCAGUACUCCUCCCUGGGGGCCAGGGGCCUGCUGGGGGUGCAAACGAACUCCCUGUUAGACCUGUUGCACCGAGCUGGGAAACUACCUCUGCUUUUCCCUGGUGCUGCCUCUACCCACUCUUCCAGCACAGCCUUUCCCCAGCCCGCCAAGGCACUUGGUCACAGCCUUUAGGGACAUCCCUCAGUGCAGCAAAAGGGAACAUGGUACGGCCCAGUCCCACAUUCUGGGGAGCCUGGGGUCAUGAGCCCCAAGGACCAGCCCCUGGUGCUCUUGUCUUUUCACUGGGCUCAAUGUCUUUUCACUGAGCCCCCACAGCCAAGGCAGCGCUGACCUGACUGCCUGUGUGCUUGAUGUAACAAUAAAAGUUUUGGAGAACA